UUUGUUUGAGUGCAAAUACGGAGAAACGCGGUACAGAAAGUGCAAUUGAAAUGCAGAGAGGAGCAGAGAAACCUCUUUGACACAAGUUUUCAUGUGACGUAUGUUACCGGAAUGAAAGGAUAAUAGAUAUGUCAAAUAUUUUUCAUAUUUCAUUUUCUAACUAUUAAAUUUUCUCCGCGGUUUUUGCUAAAAUGUUAUCGUUAGAAUAUCUGCUCUACUAUGGUAUAUCACUGGCUGUCCCCGUUAUAAUUUUGUUUCUUAUAAUAAUAUAUAUGAUAAGUGAACAAUAUCCUAAAAUCUCAAGGGAUGAAAGUGAGAAGUUCUUUUUUAACUGUCAAACAAAGAGAAAGGAGGCAUUUCCUUCGUUACAUGAUCCCUGGAGCUUACACCUCAGUGUCAUUGUACCUGCUUACAAUGAAGAGCAAAGACUGCCACCAAUGCUGGAUGAAUGUCUGGAGUAUUUGGAAGAACGCAGCAAGUCUGGAUUAACUUAUGAAGUAAUAGUAGUCAGUGAUGGCAGUACAGAUAAGACUGUAGAUUUGGCACAUCGUUACUCAUCAAAAUACGACACUCUGAGAGUAUUAAAGCUUGUGAAAAAUAGAGGAAAGGGGGGUGCUGUGAGACUGGGUAUGCUGAGUGCAAGAGGCAGCGCAUUAUUAUUUGCAGAUGCAGAUGGUGCUACCAAGUUUAAUGAUUUAAAAAAGUUAGAUGAAAGUCUGAUAAAUGUUCUAGGAUGUGAUUAUAUGAGCAAACCUGAGAAAACAGCAUUGUCCGAUGCAAUAAUAUGUGGAUCGCGAGCGCAUUUAGAAAAGGAAGAAACUGUCAAACGAUCCUUCUUCCGACUUUUACUUAUGCAUGGGUUUCAUUUCUUAGUCUGGCUGUGGUGUGUUAGGGGCAUCAGAGACACACAAUGCGGAUUCAAGCUUUUAACAAGAAAAUCAGCAAGAACAAUAUUCGAAGCGUUACACGUUGAACGCUGGGCAUUUGACGUAGAGAUGCUAUACAUUGCACAGACUCUCAACAUUCCUGUGACUGAAAUAGCAGUAAAUUGGACAGAGAUUGAAGGCUCCAAGAUAAUACCGUUCUGGAGCUGGUUACAGAUGGGCAAGGAUCUAUUCUUUAUCUGGCUUAGAUAUAGAAUCGGAGCAUGGAAAAUAAAUAAACCUAAAACGACUUAAUAUAAAUGCGCAUAACGAAUAAUCCGUCAAAAGAUCUUGAAAUUGUCCUUUUUCCUUUUAUAAAGAUUUUUUAAUAAUAAAAUAUAUUAUAAAAAUUAUACACACAACAGGGUGUCUGCAAAGAGUUCUAUGUAAAAUUGUAAAAUACAACUUGACAAGCGAUAUCUUUAUAAUAA